CGAGGUCUCACUUCUGGCACUGCUUCCUCUUUCGCAAGUAGCUCCCUCCCGUGGUCCCCGUCACUCUUUACACUGCCUCCUACCUUGCCAUUCGGAACCGCUUCAUUCGCCGUCCUGCUUCAGAUUUUCUUCUCUCCUUCUCGCGAAUUUGCUGGUUUUGUUCUUUUAAAAAAAACAAAUUUGUUAAAAUCAUCUUGCAUACACCAUUCCCUGUUCUUCCUUGUGCUAAAUCGUGUGAUUUUCUCCUUGAUUGAAUUGUUAACAUCGUUGAGAAUUGCAUGAGGAAAAAGCGUUUGAUUUUGGAAUGUGAAAUGCCAAAUCACAAAAUUAUUCAAUAUAUUUGGUUUUAAUCUGAAAUGCUAAAUGGAAUCUGCAAAUCAUUUUGAAAGAAAGUUAUCACAAAUCAUGGAUAGUGGCUCUAGCACGCAUGAGAAUGACCCUGUAAAGAGGCAAAAAGAGAACAAUGAAGGAGAAGACAGAAUUAGCAAGCUACCUGACUGUAUUAUAAGUAGGACAACCAAAGAGGCAGUUCGAACAAGUGUGCUGUCAAAGGAAUGGAUAAACAAUUGGAGAUCAAUCACUAGUUUGCAUUUAGAUGACAUUGACAUGGUUUAUGGCAGAACCAAGCAUAUUGAACAUGAAUGCUUUGAAAGAUUUAUGUAUAGAUCACUUCUGCUUACCAACUCAAGAUUGGACAACUUCUCCCUCUCUAUCCAUGACCACCAUGAUAUGUUUAACCUUAAUGAAUGGAUUUAUGGCGCGUUGCGUAAGUUUCCGAAAAAGCUCUGUAUUAAGUCACAGAGGAAACUCUCCUUUGCGUUUUCCACCGCUCAUUCCCUCUUCACUUCUCAGAGUUUACAAGAAUUAGAGAUAUAUAUGAGUUAUUGUUAUGCUAAUAUCACAGUUCCCAGAAGCCGUGUUCAUUUGGGACAGCUCAAAUUUCUGACUUUGCAUGAAGUUAAAUUUAGUUGCUCUGAUAAGGAUCCAGAGCUUAGCCUUCCGUUGCUUCAAAAGAUCAAGACAGUAAACUGCAUUUGGUUAGGUGUGAGGUGUGUCACUUUCAAUGUUCCUCUGCUUGAAACUAUUGACAUAACACAACACACUAACAGUUCUUGGCUAGAAGGGAAUUGUAAGAUCAAGUUUCGUGCGUUGCACUUGAAAGAAUUUUGUUUAUGCGACUAUGGUUACCUUUCAAGCUACCUUACCAUGAUAGAUCCAUCAUCUGCUCAGAAUGCUUCUGCUACUCUAAUUUUGCCUCCAUAUGAGAGAGGAGUUUCUUCGACAGUGGAACACGGUGCUCUUGAGCUUCUCAAGCAAUUUAGUCAAGUUAGAUACCUCAAAUUUGGUGGUCCCGAUGUUUUGGCACAAGAAGUGAUUCUUCUACCUGAAUUUGGAAUGCUACGCCAUCUUGAACUUGAUUCAGUUACUGGUGAAUUUUUGUUAGCUUUACUUUUAAAGACUCCAAUUCUCAACACACUAGUUGUCGAGAGACUAAAAUCUGAAUAUUACAAAGCACUUUUGAAAUCUGCUGUUGUGCCUGAUUGUUUGAGACAUACUCUCCAAGUGGUGAAUUUCAGAGAUGUUUGUGGAGAUAAGCAUGAGUUGCAUUUUGCUAAAUUUUUUAUGGAAAAGGGUUCAGUGCUGAAGAGGAUGAGUUUCUCCCUUUCUCAUUUGUUUGUCAAGUCAGAGGCCAUUGAAGAACUUGAACAGAAACUGUCUGGACUCAAGAAAUGUUUGACUUCUACUAUUGUUGAGGUUUUGAAGGAAGAUUAUUACAACUCCUGGUGAUAAUUCUUGGUUUAGAUGUUAGGAAGUUCUAUGAGCAAAGCCCACCAAAUUGUUCUAUAAGCAUGGAAUCAUUUCUCCUAUAAAAUAGACUCUAGUUUUUAUGCAAAGGGUGAUGGUAAAAAAUAAUGUACCCACAAAAAAUACCAAAUUUUGUCCAUCAAAAUUAAUCUUUUGGGUGUA